CCUGCAGUUCAUAACCUCCCAUCAAACCUGAAGACAGCGGAAAGAAGAUAUUUUCUCUUUCAAGUAACCCAUCAUGGUUUGGAAAAGCACACUUUUAAGUGCUGUAAUUCUUCAUCUGUUUUCAUCAGGAGCCGGACAGAACAUGGACCCUGAUGUACUGAUGGAUUCAAUCUUUCCUCCAGCCAGACCUUCACUUUACAAUCUCAACUCGCUCUGUCUUCACGGCAAUGGCCGCUUCAGAUAUACUGCUGAAAGUUUCCCUCCGUCCAGCUUUGCUCAUGCUCGUCGUGCUGGAAAGACGAUGAACAGGCUCGAAGCUUGGUUCGGUCAGUGCUGCUAUGGAGGUUUGGCUCACAAAAAUGGACAGAUCCUUUGCUGCGCUAAACAAGCAUGGGAAACCGCCUUAUCUUAUUUCUGCCUUGAGGAGUUCUCCACCAAGACCCUGGUCCAUGACUGCUGUGAGAAGAAAGGAGGGGAAAGGUGGGGCUGCUUUGAAAGAGAGGCUCCUAACCCAUAUUACCAACCCUUACCUGGUUAUAUUGCCCCUCAAAUAUCAUCUGACAGGAUUUUUACCUGGGACCCCAAAGCCUGUUAAAGUCUGACUGAUAACCUUAGCAUUAGUUUACUAUCACUAGAGUUCGAAUCAUCAAAUGUGAAAAAUAUGACCCUGCAUAUCAGUAUGUUUGUCUUCACAUGCAUGCCAUAGAAUGGUAUUCAAAAUAAAAUGUCAUUUGAUCAUAUUACUAUCACUCUGUUUUCUUUCCAAAGAGGUACGAAAUCAGCAAAUAUUUGUUUUUUUUUUAGUGUUGACCAUUUGACGAUUCGGAUGAUUUUUGAGACGAACCGUUGCUACUCAUUAUCUUAUAAAAAGGAAAAGUAUUUUUGCUUGGUAUUUGGAGGUGAGACGUCAUAAAAAAAUCACAAUAGUGCAGCCUUAGUGCAGCUAAGGUGAAAUGCUUCAUGG